GGCCGGGGGCUGGACAUGGCCCCCUGUCCCCAGCCUGACUCCUGCCUGGUCGGCAGCCCCCUCUGCGUGAUAUGUGUGUCCCUUUUGCUCAUCCCAGCUGCAGCUGGAACCUACUGCGAGUGCAGCCUUGGCCUCAGUCGCGAGGCCCUGAUCGCCCUGCUCGUGGUCCUGGCGGGUGUCAGCGCCAGCUGCUUCUGUGCUCUCGUCAUCGUGGCAGUUGGCGUCCUGCGAGCCAAGGGUGAAACAUGCCCUGGACACAUGGACAGCAGGUUGGUGGGGCACUUUGGGGUCCAGGAAGAUCACAUGGACUUGCACACGGUGCAUGUGGAGUCCCACCUCGUGGACCCUGACCUGGAGGUCUCCAUGAUGCCGGCCCUGGAGGAUCACGGUCUCAUGGCCAUCCCCAUGGACUCGAGAGUCCCAUCCGUGACUCUGGAGGAGCCACCCUGCCCACCACCACUACAUGAGUAGGGCUGCACAGCGAGGGGGAAGGGGAAUUAAAAAGUAUUUAGUGGU